AUGAGUCAUAAAAUGUCCUCAACUGAUCCACCAUCAAAGAAGAUUAGUGUGAGCAGUGCUGGUGCUGAGAGUGAAACACCACCGCGUAAGAAAAGCAGUCUCAAAGAGAACAUCUGCAGCCUUGUGCGAGCUCCGAACUUCGUACUGAAUCGGGAAGCAGCAAAGAGGCGUUGGAAUCAGGUAUGCGAGAAUUUGCGUCUGAACAGGAUCAAAGUCGCAGUCACUGAAUCGAAGUUGUUUGCUCCAGCAUGUCAUACUUUUCCUGCAUUUCCUUACUAUAACGUAAACAUUGCUGUCUGCCAGCUAACGGUAUCGUCAUUCGCUGACUGA